UGAACACGGUUGUACGUCGCUUCGCUUCAUCCACCGACAGUCGCAUCAGUCUGCAUCUUGCGCUGUUCGGCACACUUGGUCACCUCGAUAAACUAUGGUGAACGUUGUCGUGGAGACGCUCUUCCGCGUGUUGGCGUCGCUGACGUCAAUUAGCGUUACGCUCAGCAUGAUCCCGUCAAUGUAUCACAUCUACCGCAAGAAGGAUACGGGCAUCGCGUCCGUACUGCCGCUCGUCUGUAUGGUGGCGAACGCACACGUGUGGAUGCUGGACGGCGCUAUCGUCAGGAAUUGGUUCCCCAUGUUUGCCACCUUCCUCACCUCCGACUGUAUCGCCAUCGGCUACGUGACCGUCUUCUUCUGCUACGCUCGAGAUCGCAAGAAAGCUCUACGAAGGAUCAUAAUUGGAGCUACUAUCCUUGGUCUUAUAACGAUCUAUGCGAUCCUUGGUAAAGCUGGUCACACGAACGACGGGGUGGAUACGACGCUGGGUAUCUUGGGCGUUUUGGCCGGUCUCAGCAUGUUUAGCUCGCCGUUCGAGCGGAUAAUGAAGGUGUUACACUACAAGUCGGCGGCGUUCAUCCCGAUCCCCAUGGUGGCUGCAGGUGCACUCAAUAACGUCAUGUGGAUCGUAUACUGCCCGAUGAUCGGAAGCUGGUUCCUGUUCGGAGGCAACGCGUUGUGUCUGCUGCUCAGUAUUAUCAAUAUCGCUCUCUACAUCAUCUACAAUCCGAAGACGCACCCUCUGCGGCUUGAUGAAGGCGAUCCCGAUGCUGUCGAAGGAAACCUCACUAGAGUCGAGCCAGCGUCGCUGUCCAUGGUGCUUUCACCGCUUCCAUCCGAUGACGAUGUUGGUUUGAAGAGCAAGCAGAAUUUGCACAGCCCGGUGUAUAAUUUGGUACGCUCGCCGAUUGCGGGAAUUUCGUCCGAUGUCAGCAGUCGUGUGUAGUAAGAUUGGUCGUACAGUGUAAAUGAAAACAGCCCGUGUACCUGCGUGUGUAUAGUGUCUGGCGCUUGCUGCCCAAUGAUGCCUUGCAGAUCGUUGCCGCAGACACUCUGAUCCAGAACAGUGUAACCUAUGCUGCUAUAAUUUGACGCAAUUCAAAAGAGAUAAACAUCAAGUUCAACCACCUUAUAUCAACAA